AGAGUUAGAUAGAGUUAGAUAGACUCAGCAACUAAACAAUAUAGACUCAGCAACUAAACAACAAACUGUUACCAAUACCAAAUUAGAGAAGUUCAAAACAGCAAAUAUUCACAUCUGCGUGUAUGCUUGAAUGAAUGUUACACAUAAAAAUAUGUUUGCCAUUAUCAGGAAAACAUUUUAAUGACAUAAAACAUUUUUCUCUGUAGAACGCAGGGCACAUUAUGUUGAAUAUGUCAUUUGUUCCCCAGUAGCCAUUUUUAGGAAGAACAGGCUAAGAGCAGGAUAAAAAUAUAACAAGUGCUGUGCUUAAGGUUACAUGGCCAGCCACUUCCCAGUGAAGACCCUCUUAGUUCUCUGAUGUACUUCUUGAAGAUAAAAAUGGGUGAUUGUUCGGCAUGACAGGACAAUGGAACAAAUAGUAUUUCCUGUCCCCAAUAUAUGUGAAUACCUCACGCGAGAAUCCAAGUGUCGCGUAUUCAAUACCACGGAGAGGGAUGAACAGGGAAGUAAAGUGAAUGACUUUUUCCAGCAAACUGAAGAUCUCUACAAUGAGAUGAAGUGGCAGAAGAAAAUCAGGAGUAAUCCUGCCCUGUUCUGGUUCUCAAGGCAUAUUUCUCUCUGGGGGAGCAUCUCCUUCAACCUGGCUGUGUUCAUCAACUUAGCUGUGGCUCUCUUCUACCCAUUUGGGGAUGAUGGAGAUGAAGGUACUCUUUCACCGUUGUUCUCAAUUCUGCUCUGGAUAGCAGUGGCAAUCUGCACAUCUAUGCUGUUUUUCUUCUCCAAGCCUGUGGGUAUUCGGCCAUUUCUUGUGUCAAUAAUGCUCAGGUCAAUAUAUACAAUAGGUCUUGGGCCUACAUUAAUACUUCUUGGUGCAGCAAAUCUUUGUAAUAAAAUAGUGUUUCUGGUGAGUUUUGUUGGAAAUCGUGGUACAUUCACCCGAGGCUACCGAGCAGUCAUCCUGGAUAUGGCCUUUCUCUACCACGUGGCAUAUGUCCUGGUUUGCAUGCUGGGUCUCUUUGUCCAUGAAUUCUUCUAUAGCUUCCUGCUUUUUGAUUUGGUAUAUAGAGAAGAGACUCUGCUCAAUGUCAUAAAAAGUGUCACACGGAACGGCCGAUCCAUUAUUCUGACUGCGGUUCUUGCCCUCAUCCUUGUCUACCUGUUUUCCAUUAUUGGGUUCCUUUUUCUGAAGGAUGACUUCACUAUGGAGGUGGAUAGGCUGAAAAACAGAACUCCCGUCACAGGGAGCAAUGCAGUUCCUACCAUGACUUUAACUUCAAUCCUGAGUACAUGCGAAAAGGACAACUGCUCACCUACAAUACCAGCUUCAAAUACAGCUGAUGAGGAAUAUGAAGAUGGGAUUGAAAGGACGUGUGACACUCUUCUCAUGUGCAUUGUGACUGUCCUGAACCAGGGCCUCAGGAAUGGCGGAGGCGUGGGUGACGUGCUCAGGAGACCAUCAAAAGAUGAGCCCUUAUUUGCUGCCCGUGUGGUAUAUGACCUUCUUUUUUAUUUCAUUGUCAUCAUUAUCGUUCUGAACUUGAUUUUUGGGGUUAUCAUCGAUACUUUUGCUGAUCUCAGAAGUGAAAAACAGAAAAAAGAAGAAAUCCUAAAGACCACCUGCUUCAUCUGUGGACUCGAGAGGGACAAGUUUGAUAAUAAAACAGUUUCUUUUGAGGAACACAUCAAGUCAGAACACAAUAUGUGGCAUUAUUUGUACUUCCUAGUCCUGGUGAAGGUGAAAGACCCAACAGAAUAUACUGGACCUGAAAGUUACGUGGCUCAAAUGAUUGUGGAGAAGAAUUUGGACUGGUUUCCUCGGAUGCGAGCCAUGUCCCUUGUUAGCAAUGAAGGUGACAGUGAGCAAAAUGAGAUUCGGAACCUUCAGGAGAAGCUGGAAUCAACCAUGAGUCUGGUCAAACAGCUGUCCGGUCAGCUGGCGGAGCUCAAGGAGCAGAUGACAGAACAAAGGAAGAAUAAGCAGAGACUGGGCUUUCUCGGAUCAAACACACCCCAUGUGAAUCAUCACAUGCCACCACACUGAUACCAUGGGGGCAGCCGUGACUAGCCUUUCAUCAGCGUCCUGCCUGAUCACUGAAUAAAGAACUGAGACGGAGGGGAGUGAACAGUGCCUAUUGUUGAAAAGUUAAAAACAACCAAGUGCCAAGAUGUUGAGUGGUUUAGCUCUGAGAACAAUUUUUAACUGUGUUUUCAUGGUUGAGAAGACCAAACUUAAAAUGCAGCCGCUAGAAAGCACACAUCACGCAUUCUUAAUGCAAAGUCAAGCCGCUUGCUCAAAUGGACAGAGAGAGGAGGGGGGAGGCAGGAUGGAAGGAGAUGCAGGGCAGAGAGAACUACCUUUGGCUGAAUCAAUAAGGGUCUGUUCUGCCUUUAAUGCUCACUUCAACCUUUGUCAUGGUUGGUUGGAAUGUCUUUCUUUUAAUUAUGGCAUCUGGGUCAGUGAUACAGGAAGUCAUAUUUUGGUGGCUAAGUUUUACUAAGGGAAAUAACUAAAAAGAUUAAAAAUGAGAGCUGCAAAGAAAAAAUGUUAAUGCUUCCAAAUCGUAGCCAUCACAGGCAAUUUCCUUAUUUAUAACAUGGAAUACAAUGGAUUUAUGGCCCCAGGAACUAGUGCUUUGGAGCUUAUGUCCCUCAGCUGACAACAUGACUGGAAUACAAUUGCUUUCUCCCCGAUUCAGAGGGACUCUUGUCAAUACGGAGCACAAAAAGAGGCUUUUAUAUAAGUUGUUAACAUCAUGUUUCAAGUCCUGUAGAGACUAAGACUAUCAAAGUUUUGGGAACAAAAAAGCUGACAGUAAGCCCCAGAGAAGAAUUUUUUGAGAACAUAUGUGUGCUAUUGAAAUACAUUGAGAUUAACAAAUGAAAAUGCUUAAAGGUGACAGGAAAUACAGAGAAACUUAUGAUGGUGGCAUUGCCUUUUAUAAAUAUGGAGUAAAAGCUCUUUGAUUCAUGUUUGCUGUGCCUAAGAACUGAGUGGUUUUGUUUAUUCUAUUCCUGCAGUUAGGGAAAAAAAUCCAAGAAAUGUAUUGAAUACUCCAGAAAAUGCAACGUUUCAAUUGCAUAUUUUAAACUCAUCGGUAAGAGCUUUGCAAAAGGUAAAAAGAUAAUAAUCUCUUUCUCAAAUUGUUUUUAUGUUAAAUUAUGCAACCAGAAUUUGUGGAGGGAGAAGAUAACCUGCCAUUCCUGUGUUAGUCUUAGAGACUAUGCCUUUAGAAUGCUAAAGCAAAAUUCACAUCAUGAAAGUGUUAGGGGAACCGCCAUGUGGUGAGAGCGCGAGGCACGUGACACCAGACUCUGGGAGGUGCUCAGCAAGCUGACCUUUUCUGGUUGCUGCCCCCGAAAGAACGAAAAAAUUGCCUUUUAAACUCUCGUGUUCUUACCACCAAGGUUUAAGGUCUGGACAGGAUUUGCUAUGCCCCUUUUUAAAGCUUUUGGAUUAUUUGAAUGUAGUUUAAGCUCUUGGCUCCUAAAAUUCUCUAACCACGGUCUAGGAAGAUGAUAAAGAAUGCCCAAAUCCAUCCUUCUUCCACACCCCAUUAAAAUGUAGACUUGGAGGAAAGCUGUGGAAACCCAGAGCGGUGAAUUUUUGGACUGAAUCUGCUGAUGCAUGCCCCCCUCCAAAUAACUCCCCGAAUUAAAACUUGCUCACUCUGAUGUGAUAAUAUUUUUCUGGACCGGUCCCUGAAGCGUCACGAUCAAGUGAUGCGCAGAAACUGAGCUAUUUCAGCACAGAGCCUAGGACCCAGUGGGCGUUCAGUGAAUGUCUGAGAAAUUCUACUGUCAUUCAGUCCUAAUGCAUCAGUAAGACUUUAAACCAUAUCACAUUUUGAGUUUUAAAUGGCUUCCCCAAAACUGAAGUAGACCAAAGCAGCCAUUUAAAGAAAAAAAUAAAUAAGGCCAUUCUUGUUAUUAACAGUAUUAGAUGAAAAGUACCCUUUUAAAGUAUUUUAACUAGGCAGAGAGGUUCACAGGCAGAGUAAAGCGGUAAAUACUAGCUAUAUUGCAAUGUCAGAACCUAUCUCUGUUUAGCACAAACUAACAUGUUUCUGAUGGAUAUCCCAGCAUCAAGAAAAGAAAUUAGUUUGUACAGAUGAGCGCAACCUGUCUUUCAGAUGAACUACCUACUUUUUUCUUACACAGUUUUUUAGAGAGAAUGAGUCAUUGGAUACGUACCUGCUAUCAAGAAAUGGCCUAACCUCUCCAACCGCUGUGGAGUGACAGGUCAUCAUGUCACAGUGCGUUUACUCCUCUGAGAAGUGUUCAAAAGGGAUUGCAACUAACCAGACUCUUAUUUAAUCAAAAUUGAAAUAUUGCUCAGUUGUGUUUCUCUUCUUUCCUUCCUCAAUACUUUGAGAUUAUUAAAGUAAAAUAAACGAAAGCAAACAAAAAAGGCAGCUUUCAGGCUAUUAAAUUCAUGAUGAAGCAGAUAAUCAUGACAUUUGCUAUAAAAUUUAUAUUUGUUUUAUAUAUGUUUGUUAAUGCAACUGGAAUAUUUGACCUAGACAAGUGUCAAUUAAUGUUCUCAUAUUUAUAUAGUGAUAUUAAAAUAAGUGUAAUCAUCUUUGAUUUUGAUGUUAAGAGAAAUGUUUUACUGUUUAGUUAUUAAAACCCAUAUUGGCUUAAAAGUA